GUGGGGCGGUGCUGCUGUUUUGCUGUCGAGUCACCUCUGUCAGGAUGGAGGAAAACGAACUGCUAUCAUGCUGAAAAACGAAGGCUCCCGACAAACCGAGCAUCAUCUACCGGGAUAGUGAGACUCAAGUCACCGCUUAUCUUUGACUAUUGCACCGUUUCUAUGUUAAAAAUUAUGGAAGAAAUCGACCGGUUCCAAGUGCCCCCAGUCAACGGAGAGACUCAGCCUUUGGUGCUGUGAGCCCAAAUGAUCGCGUGAACAGGAGCUCCGUCCACACCGAUACUGCAGACUGCAACCCUUCAGGAUGGCUAGCCCGAGCAGGCCCAUAGACCCAGCAGCGUCCUCCACCUCAGAGGCAGACGCUGACACCAAGGGAGAGAGUGUGACCAUGAACUACAAGCCCUCACCACUGCAAGUCCAAAUAGAGAAACAGAGGGACCUUGCCAGGAAGGGAUCAGUGAAGAAUGGCACCGUGGGGAGUCCUGUCAAUCAACAGCCCAAGAAGAAUGCCAGGACAAGGUUGGUGGUGCCAAACAAAGGCUACUCCUCUUUAGACCAGAGCCCGGAUGAGAAGCCCCUGGUAGCACUGGACACUGACAGUGAUGAUGACUUCGACAUGUCCAGAUACUCCUCAUCAGGAUACUCCUCAGCCGAGGUGAGAUGUCUGAGGGACCAGCAGAUCAACCAGGACUUGAACAUCCAGCUCCUGAAGGAUGGGUACCGGCUCGAUGAGAUCCCGGAUGACGAGGACCUGGAUCUGAUCCCCCCAAAAGCGGUCAACCCCACCUGCAUGUGCUGCCAGGCUGCUCCCUCCACAGCCUGUCAAAUCCAAUAGUCCGAUC